GGUGAUUGGUCCGCUUUAUGGUUGCCGUGACAACCACAGACAGACCACAGUACUAGUGCCGUGCUGCUCGUGCCUUCGUUUAAAGAGUUAUGUCUCAAAAUAAGACAGGUGGACAUAAAGGUGCCUGCCGUUACCAGAAGAGAAAAGAGGGGGAGGGAAGGAUCUGUAUCCGGUACAAAUGUAGCCUGACCAACACCAUACAAGACGUCCUGUACCACAGACCAGGCUGGGUAGAGGUGAAAGAAGAUGGCGAAUGGGACUUUAACUGGUGUGAUGUUGGCUGGAUGAGAGAUAACUUUGAUCACUCUUACAUGGAGGAACAUGUGCGAAUAUGUCACUUCCGCAACCACUAUGAGGUUUUGUUUUUGUGCUGCAUUUUGCAGUUGACCCGUAAAAACCUGAUGGUGAAGAACUUGAAGAGGUAUCGGAAAGCUCUGGAGCGGGAUUUAGGCCAACUAGAGGCGAGCAAAUGUGAAUUUUUUCCCCAAACAUUUGAGCUGCCCAAUGAAUAUCACAUCUUUGUAGAGGAGUUUAAGAGAAGUCUAGGGACCACGUGGAUCAUGAAGCCGGUGGCACGAUCACAAGGGAAAGGCAUUUUUCUCUUUCGAAAACUCAAAGAUAUCAUAGAUUGGAGGAAGGACGGGACCCGCUCUGAAGAACAAAAAGAUGAGGUUCAAGUCGAAAAUUAUGUUGCUCAGCGUUACAUUGAGAACCCAUACCUCAUUGCUGGUAGAAAAUUUGACCUGAGAGUCUAUGUUCUUGUAACAUCAUAUAUUCCUCUGAAGGCCUGGCUUCAUCGAGAUGGUUUUGCUCGCUUUUCCAACACAAGGUUCUCCCUCAACAGCAUCGAUGAUCAGUAUGUACAUCUCACCAAUGUUGCCGUGCAAAAAACAGCCCCUGCUUAUGACCCUGAGAAGGGUUGUAAAUGGCAGAUGCAACAGCUGCGACUAUACCUGACGGCUAAACAUGGUUUCGAUACAGUGCAGUCUCUGUUUAAAGAAAUCGACAACAUAUUUAUUCACAGUCUGCUAAGCGUUCAGAAGACCAUCAUUAAUGACAAACAUUGUUUUGAGUUGUAUGGAUAUGACAUACUACUAGAUGAGAAUCUAAAGCCGUGGCUGAUUGAGGUAAACGCCUCACCCUCCCUCUCAGCCAGCAGUCAGGAGGACUAUGACAUGAAAUACAGACUGCUUGAAGACACCCUGGACGUUGUAGACAUGGAGGGCCGUCUGACAGGCAAAGAGAAGCGAGUCGGAGGAUAUGACCUAAUGUGGAACGAUGGACCUGUCUACAUGGAUGAUGAUGGCCUGGAGGCUCUGGGCGGUUCUUGCCUCAUAGCAAAUACACACCUCGGCUGUGUGAAUGACCGACAAAAGCAACUUCAACAGCUUUUAAAGCCUUUUCCAGGACAGAAGAAACCUUAAAAACAUGUUAGUGACUUUACAGAAGCAAGACGGACUAUUUGUGACAGCUCCAAAAAUUCCCUAAAGAGUUCAAAUAAAUAUGCACAUAUGUAUCCGCUUGUUACUGUAAGACUGGCGUCAUGCAGUGCUUCCAGGUCCAACUGAUCUCAAAUGCCAUAGGAAAUAAAAGAAAAACAAUUAUAUACACUCUUAUCAUAAUGCAAAACUCCCCAAAACACUCAAUUCUUCAUAACAAAAUCCUAGAUGACCGGACAUGGAUUUUUUUUUUUACAAAUUAUUAAUAUAUUGCUGUCUGUGAUUCCAUGAGCUGCUGCGUACACUGUGAGUUUAUAAAAUUUUCACUUAAAUGUGUAAUAUGAAUAAAUAGUGCUCAUAAAUGGCUGCUAAAAUUUUAUUCUCUAUUAAAAUGAGUGCUUGGACUUGGAAACAGUAUUCCUUAUGUUAUGACUUAGCAAGGAGGUGUAGAUGAGUGUAUUAUGUCAGUAUUGAAAUACCCAGUAUACAGCAAUUUGUUUGCUUAAUUGUGACCCUGGACUACAAAACCAUUUUAUUGAGAUUUAUACAUCACCUGAUGUAUAAGCUUUCCAUUGAUUUAUGGUUUCUUUGAUAGGACAAUAUUGUGUUUAACUUUGUGGAUGAGAUUAAAUGACUAUUAAUAUCUGCAUAGACAUAAAUAGUGUAGACAGAUACUGAUGAUGUAAUGGAAACUGUUUAUUUGUAUCUCAUAAAAAUAGCUGCAUUAAACUCUACCAAAAUAAAAGCACAAUCUGACAAAGACCAAAA